AUGUCCGAAAUUCCAGAAAACUCCAACGUGUCGAUCUUUAGCAAGAACGAGAAAAAGGCCAGAGAGGCCAUUUUGAAGUUGGGCUUGAAGCAAGUCCCAGGUAUUUCUCGUGUUACCUUCAGAAAGAAAAACAACCAAAUUUUCGCCAUUGAGAGACCAGAGGUCUACAGAUCCCACGGUGGCAACUUUGUUGUCUUCGGCGAGGCCAAGGUUGACGACUUCCCACAGAGACUUGCCAAGGCACAGCAGGAGGCCCAGCUAGCUGGCCCUGGCGUUGCCGCGGCUGGUGCUGACGCGAUCUCCAAGGACCCUCAGUCGAUCCAAGCUGACAUGGAGGCCGCUGCCGCUGCCAACGAGAACAAGGUUGCUGAGGUUGAGGAAGAGAGCUCGGGCCCCGUCGAUGAAACUGGACUCAACCAGGACGACAUCGAACUGGUCAUGCAACAGGCUAAUGUUCCAAGACAAAAGGCUGCCAAGGCUUUGCGCGAGCAUAACUCUGACAUCGUGAAUGCCAUCAUGUCUUUGUCUUAA